UGAUGUAGCUAUGUGUCGAACAAAAUCUGUGAUUGUUUCUGAGGAGGCUGUGAGUGUGUAAGGUGACGACAGGGUAUUCUCCUGAGGUGGGGGCUGGGCUGGAGGCGUGGGCUUGAGGGGUCUGGUUCAGGGGGAGAGGCUCGGCAGGUGUGAGCUCGGGUCCGGCUCAGUGCUGGCUGUGUCGCCCCGUUGCUUACAUCACCGUUGUCGCUCCACUUCUUCAUAUCCUCGGCGCGGUGCUCUUGAGUAUGACCACACUCCAGCCCGGCCCAGAAGAGGUCAGAUACCGAGGUGCCCCCACGCCGGGUUGUGGUGGGCAAGUUCACGUCCGGUGACCUAGGGUGCCCUAAGUCAUGUGAGGUCAUCCAAGCUUCAUUCCCUUUCGAAACUGUGGACAAAACUCUUUACCCCCCCCCCACUCAAAAAAAAAAAAGAAAGUUGAUUUCCAACAGGAUUUUUUUUUCUUGUGGAUAUACUUUUUUCUCACGCGGUAACACGGCUGUGGUGAUGAGGUGCGUGGUGUUUGCUUGACCUGCCUGGGGACGGGCGGGCAGGUAUUGAAGGGCACGGGAUGAGGUAUCUUCCUGGACUCGCUCUCGGGAGGCUUUCUGGCGGCCUUGGGUUGCCCCUCCCGGGUCGGCUGCUCAAAAUGCCCGAAUAUCCACUACUGUAGAAGCCUGAGGGGACCACUUGUGAUGUGUACCCCUCCGUUACAGUUUGGAAAAUACUCGCAGUCUCUGGGAAUGAACCCCAGGCUGUAAUUUGCAUACUCGCAAGUUUAUAAUAUCAGUUACUACUAGCUAUGGUUGGUGAAGCGAUCGGCCGAGUAAUGUGGUGGUGGUGGUGGUGGUGGAGGUGGUGGUGCUUGGCGCAGAUCUUGGCUACCACUUCCCUGGGACGAUGUGAAGCCUUCAGUAGCACCUACUCCGUUUCAGGCUUCAGCAAGAAUGUCACCAAUCUUCUGGAUAGUCUCCUGGCUGACUACGACCGCAUGAUCAGACCAGGACACGGAGGUCCGCCCACCACCAUCAUGGUCAACAUGAACGUCCGCUCCAUGGGACCCUUCUCCGAGAAACAAGAGUCUUACGCGAUGCAGUUGUACCUCCGACAAGUGUGGUUCGACCCUCGCCUCCGGUUCAACAAGACGGACCUGGGCAAGAACGAGUUCUCCAUGAACUGGAUGUUUGCUGCCAAGCUCUGGAAGCCAGACACCUUCUUCAUCAACGGCAAGAACUCAUACGUCCACAAGAUCACAGCACCAAACACCUUCAUCCGCUUACAGCACGACGGCCAGAUCACUUGGUCUUUGAGGUACUGACUGUGAAGAGCCAGCUGUAAGAUGCACCUCAGGAAGUUCCCCCUUGACACCCAAAUUUGUCCCCUGAGUCUCGCCUCCUACGGGUAUAACUCGGAGGAUAUGGUAUAUCGCUGGGCACCAGCACUAGUGACGGUGGACGCGGAUGUCAGCAUUGCCCAGUACGAACUGUUUAAAAUCACCACCACCUCUGCUAAAGUCACAGUCAGGAGAAAAGAAAACAGACGCCCAGAGACCAUCUCUACGCUCAACGUCAAGUUUCACCUCAAGAGGCUAACUGGCUUCUUCUUAUUACAAGUGUACGUUCCCUGCAUCCUCAUCGUCUGCUGCUCGUGGGUUGCCUUCUGGAUCACGAAGAAAGACGUUCCUGGUAGAGUUUGCUUAGGUGUGACCACUGUGCUGUCCAUGACAACGCUAGGAUUCGGCGGGCGCUCUGCCUGGCCAGCGGUCUCCUACGCUACGGCCCUCGACUACUUCGUCAUUCUGUGCUUUGCCUUCGUGUUUGCGGCUGUGCUGGAGUUUGCCUGUAUCAACUUCGUCGAGAGGGCGGCCAACAAGCGACGAAAGAAGCUGGAGGAUCUUAAACAUCAGAUCACAGAACGCAUAAUGGUGUCCUGGAACCUUGCAGAGCGAGAGUGCAGAAGGUCUCCGUUCCGGUUGCUACCUCGUCGCCUGAAGAUGUCAACUAUCGACUCGGAAACUCUUGUAGUGGACACCCAAAGUCCACUGAAGGAGGCACUAAAGCUUCCUCUCGCUGUUGUUCCGGGAAGCCUGGAAGCCUUGCAGAAGCGAGAGGUGCAAGAAGGUCUCCGUUCCAGGCUUGCUACCUCGUCGCCAGAGAAAGAAGAAGAGAGUGGUGGUGAUGGCAGUGGAAUAGACACCAGUGUAGUGAGUGGGGAGACAGACCCAGCUGUAGUGAGACGGGAAACUCGUUUAUCCGGUAGCGACAGUGGUAGCGCCACUAGUAGAGGUAGCAUAUUUAAGUUCGCGAAAGAUAGCAAAGAAAAGAGAGAAAAAUCGCAAGACAGUGAAAGUGAUUUAACUGUUAUAAAAGUGGACAUCCAGUCAGAGGAUGAGCCCCCUACCCCCCCUCCACCCUUCACGGUGUGGCAAAUUUUGACCCAAAAACGGAAACUCAUGACAGAAAUGUCACCAUCAAAUAUUGUGCCCACUGAAGAGGACCUGCUGGACCGAUUCUCCAUCAUUGAUCUUUAUGCCCGUAGGUUCUUCCCAACGACAUUCUUCAUCCUCUUCACCAUCUACUGGAUAUUAUUCAACUACUACAUUACUGAUGAGUUCCCCGAGGAAACCAGAGUUCCCACAGAUGGACUGGUUGUCGUGUAAUGUUUGUUCUGAUAAACUAAAUUCAUGAUGAACAGGGAACGACCUAGCGUCGCGCUAAGUGACGACAGCCAUCCAAUCACAGCAGGGAUUGUGUUUUUUCCUUAAAAAUAAGAUUGGGUAUUUGAAACAUUCUGUUUUCUCCCCCCUCUCAUAAAAGACUGUUUUUUUUUUUUGUUUGUAGAUUUCUUUCUUGUCCCAUUAUGAGAAUAAUGUCAUGUAAGUUUUCAAAAUAUUCCGUCGUAGGUCUGCACACGUUCAUGUUUCAUACAUGUUAAUAAGUACCUCUAAAAUUAAAUUUGCAACAAGAAUACGCUGAUCGCAGUUGAAACUGCCCCUGAAAUUUAUCAUGUAUUUUAAAAUGUAAUAAAUCUUUUCAUUACUUUAGUGUAUUUGGGCGGCAAUGAAAAAGAAUUAUUCAGAAUUACCAUUUUCUUAGAUACAUUUUAAAAUUAGUUUCGAGGAAGAUAAUACAGGAAUAAUUAAUAAGUUUAUGCACAAGUGUAUUGUAAGGCUAGUACAAUAUUUUCUUAAUACAUGAUACAGAAUAACAUCCGUGUUUUCGUGGCAAUAGGUUAAUGCAACAACCUCACGUUGCACGGGGUCAGUAUUGCAGCAUCUCGUGCCAUAAGGUUAGCAUAAACUUUCGUUGCGUGGGAUCAGUGUAGCAGCUUCACGGAGCUCAAGUCAGGGCAAUCUCACGUAGUGAGAUGUAGUACAGCCUCAGUGAAGCGUCAUGUAGCGCGAGACACUAAAUGGACCUCAUGUGAGUUUCAUCAGUAAUUUCUAAUGGUGAGUCUUUAAUUUUUUUAUAUGUGCCGCCAAAUGAGCGUUGUAUAUCUUCAUAUUGGACACUCUAUAGAGCCUUUAAUUAUUAUUAAAUGAUUUGCAUAAUACGAAAGCCUUUUACAUUUAGCGAUCUCUGAAGCUGUCCGUAAACAGCCGAUGCAAGAGCCAAUAUUUUGCAUAAAAAACUCAGGCUGGAGAGAGACUUACUCUCAUGUCGCCCCGUCUUCUUCGAAUGUUUAUACCGAAGAAUUAUAUGAGAAAUUUUUACUUGAGGUCUAAUGUAUAAAAAUUUUUUUUCCGAAGGUUGUAUUUAUAUAUAAAAGCUCCU